UAUAAGAAUUUGAUGAUGGGAAAGGUCGAUGAUAUAGUUGUUUAUUAGAAUUUGAUGAUGGGAAAGGUCAUUGAUAUAGUUGUUUAUAAGAAUUUGAUGAUGGGAAAGGUCGUUGAUAUAGUUGUUUAUAAGAAUUUGAUGACGGGAAAGGUCGUUGAUAUAGUUGUUUACGCAUAUGUAGUGUCAUUUAUCCGUGUACUCAACAUUUCGUUUGUUUAUUUCUUCAAGUCGAGCCAAAUAUUGGUUAGUUACAGGGGACGAUUGUUAAAAAUACUGACGCAAUGUGUAGGAGCGGAAAGUCAGAUUUAAUUUUACGAGCGCUGAAAUCUGUCAACAGUACGCCGAGACACAAGUGUUGCUUAUCGGUACAAAGGCAGGCAGUGUAAGGUUGAUGUGCGCAUAAGACAAGCCAAGCGUAGGGUAACAGGCCCCACACAGCACAAGGCACACUCAGGAUAAUAGACAUGAUAUAAGAUAGACAUCCUCACACAAGGCUUUAUAUUGGGCUGUGCUGCAACGAUUCUAUGUUACAAAGGGUUAAGCUCUAUCAGACAGCUUUCAUUGGCGUGGGAUAGAAAUGGUACAAAGAACGGAGAUCAAUUUUGGGUGACGCUCAGUGAUGCCAAAACUAGGGAGACAGACAACACAGGGCACACACAGGAUACCAGGCACACUGUGAGGGAGACACACCCACACACACACACACACACACACACACACACUCUCACUGUCUACGUCCUCAGGUCCACAAUUGCGCCGAGUUCAUGGACGAAACUAUACACGUUGAUGAUGAUGAGGAGGAGGAGGAAGGGUCCACAAAUCCCAGCCUUAGCGACGAGGCCAGUGCCGCUCUGUCCGAGGUUGGCACUGGGGACUAUGCCAGCUUUGAGGACAUCUGCGGCCUGGGGGGGGAGCCUAGCUGGGGAGGAGGAGGACAGGAGGAAGAGGAGGAGGAGGAGGAGGAGGAGGAGGGGUUGAGUAAGAAGAAGAGGAGGUAUGCAAAGUUUUAUGGGGAUUCUGAGAGUGAGAUUCUAGGAGGAGGAGGAGGAGAGGAAGAAGGAGGAGGAGGAGGAAGAUUGGAAGUAGUGGAAGAAAGAGGAAAAGAAGAAAAAGGAGCAGAAACAACAGGAGGAGGAAGAAGAGAAAAGGAGGAAAGGAAAGAAGAAAAAGGAGGAGGAAGAAAACAAGACAAAAACGAGGAAAAACAAGAAGAAAAACAAAACGAAAACAAAGACAAAAAAGAGGAAAAAGUUGGACUCGGAGGAAAACAAGAAAAAAAAGAGGAAAAACAACAAAAGGAAGACAAGGAAGAAAACAAAGAAGAAAAAGAAGACAAUUUUGGACUCGGAGGAAGAAAGGUCAUCAAAUCCGCUGGACUAUCCCUUAAAAACCACUGGGAUAGUAAUAGUAGUAGUAGUAGUAGUAGUCUAUCCUCAGACCCCCCUUUGAGCAGACCAGCGUCCUCCACCGAAGGGUCUAUUGAUUUCGGGUCAGAGCGGGUCGGGGCAGCUUCCGGGGACUGGGAUGAUGCCCCGAUACCCCUGACUGACCCCAAGGUACCCCGGGAUGAGGCUAAAGUUCCCCAGAUGUCCCCAGAAGUGUCCCAGGAUAUGGAUUUUCUACCCCGAGGUGACCCGAAAGUACCCCGGACUGGACCCGGUAUGCCCCUGGAAACUGGAAAUUUACCCCGGAUAUACCCCGAAAUACCCCAAGAUGACCCCAAAAUACCCCAAGCUGAUCCCGAAAUACCCCAAAUUGACCCUAAAAUGCCCCAGAAACCUCAAAACGUACCUCAGAUAUACCCUGAAUUACCCCAGGAAACGCAAAAAAAUCCCCGACUUGACCUCGAAAUACCCCAAAUUGACGCAAAAUUACCCCAAGUCGACGCCCAAACAUCCCAGGGGACAGAAUCUACCCCUAGGGAUAACACUCGGGACUCCCUUGAUAUCCUGCGUUACAGCUACAUCGAAAAAGAGGAAGAGGAGGAAGAGGAAGAGGAGAUAGGCCUAGUGGAGAAUGUGGACCGCUCCCUCGCUCCGUCCUCCUCCACCUCCUCUUCCGCUGACGAGAGUGAUGACGGAGCGGAAGUCUCAAAUGUCCGUAUUUCCGCUGCAACAAUUUACGAACAGGCUGUUAUACAAGCGCUUGAGGGUACCAGUACUAGGCCUAUAGGGAGUGCCAUGGCCCCUGGUGGUAAGGAAGAGAAGGAGGAGGAGGAGGAGGAGGAGGAGGAGGGGAAGAUGGGAUUAGAGAAAGUACGGACGAAUGUGGAAGAGGAGGGAGCCGUGGAGGUUAUGGAUGUGUGUGAGGUGGAGAAGAAGGGAGGAGCGGAAGAGGAAGAGAAGAAGAAGGAGGAGGAGGAGGAGGAGGAGGAGGGAAGACAGGUCACACACAGGGUCAUUCAAAUCCCACAAGACCGGAUCGAAAAAGGAGGAGGUGGAAGUGGAGUGCCCAUGAAGGUGGAGGAGGAGGCACAGGUGGAAGAGGCCAUGGAGGAGCUAGGAGAGGUGGUGGUGGACUACGUGGAAGUGUUUCAAUGCCCAGCGGAAGAGCGCGUUCCACCCAUCAUGCGACAAUUGAGUGCCGAACUGACCCACAGCAAAAACGUAAAUUCCGGCACUCCUGACCUUCCCGGCACUGACGUUGACCUUUCCGGCACUCCGUCUGACCCUCACGCACGACCCCAUACCCAGACGACACCUGUGGCACCUCUGUAUGGCCCUCAAAAUGCCAAAACACACAAGGAACGUGGCAUUGAAAUCGCUCCAUCUGGCACUCCACUGGUAUCUCUGUAUAGCUACCCAGUGAAAGCCAGUCUACCAGGGCAUAAGGAGGGGUCAUAUGUGGCACCCCUGACCCAUGGGAGUGCCACAGUGCCAGGGUAUCGAGAGGUGAGGGAGGGAGUGCCAAUUUCAGAGGUGGCACCAGUGUACAGAGUGCCCAUGGUGUCUGCUACUGAGUGCCUUGUGCUGGAGAGAAGCCACUUGGUUGGGUUGAAAGGGAGGAAGAAGGAGGAGGAGGAGGAGAGGAAGAAGAGGAAGAUUAAGAGAAAGAAGAAGAAGAAGAAGAAGAAAGAUAGCUCCUCCUCUUCCUCCUCCUCCUCUGAUUCUGAUUCCUCGUCAACCACCUCCUCUUCUUCCUCCUCCUCUUCCACAAGCUCCACAUCCUCCUCCUCCUCAUCUUCCACCUCCUCCUCCUCUAACACGAGCUUUGAAAUGGUGGAGCACGGCGUGGAUACAGAAGUGGAAGGGCGGAAGAGCGGAGAUGUGGAGGAGAGCGAGAUAUACGAGAAUGUGGUGGAGGAGGAGGAGGAGGAGGUGGAAGAGGGCGGUGGAAGAGUGGAAGAGAAGGACGAGGAGGAAAUAUUCAACCUCGAAGUGGAUGAAGCGGAGGAUGUGGAAGCGAGGGACCAAGCGGAGACCCUGGACAAGAUCGAUGUGGAGCCAUUGCGGACUCUUCCACUUCUCCAUCCACUCGGCAUAAGACUCGAACGACAGAAGAGUAUUGACAGUUCAGUUUCCACUUUGUCUGAGGCUGAAACUGUCAUCCACGUUCCACUCGGGAGUCUCAAGCGGAAGGGUGGAGCGGCGACGGAUGACGGAGGGAUCGCCGUAAAGGAUGACAGCCAGAUUGGGGUGAAGGGUGCGAAGGGGGAUGUGCUAGUGAGGUCUGUCUCGGAGGAGGUGAUCGUUAAAAGCAAGAUUUCGGAGGAUGUGAAAAUUUGCGUACAGACCCCACAGACACCGGCCGAGACCCCACAGAUGUCGUUGAAGCCUCCACAGACCUCCGCAGAUACCCCACAGCCUGUCACAUCCCACCCAUAUCCCCCCACAUCCCCUCCACAGCCUCUGACAGAUCCCUCAAAACAUCCGACUUCAGAGCUUCAGACCGAUUCAGAUUUUCAGCAGUCUUCACAGCUCCCCUCAGCCCCUCCACAGCCCUCCACACCCACUCCACAGCCUCUCACAUCCCCUCCAGACCCCCUCACAUCCCCUGCACAUCCCACCUCAGCCCCACCUCAACAGACAAACUCCAAAAAUGCCGGAUUUGAAAAUGCCACGAAAUCUCAAAUUACCCACUCAUAUCCCCUUUCCCCCAGCCCUCUUGCACCCCCCAGCCCCCCCCAGGAUAUGCAACUGGGGGGCGAGGGGGUAGAGGUGACCUUGACCGAGGAAUCAGGCUGGAUGGAGGUCAAGUUCAGGUCACAGGAGAGGUCAGAGGUCGUGAAGGGAAUGGCUCUCGAUUUGAAACCCCAGGAUGUUAACCGGCCCCAGUGGUGCUCCCCAGGGGAUGGGACACUGGGGGGAUAUGCCACAGCCCCCCAGGAGAAGAUACCCAGUCUCCAGUUAGCCCCAGGGGAGGGAGAAACACCCCAGAAAUUGUCACCCCAGAUUGCCACAGGGGAGGACGCCACACUCCAUCUUGCCCCAGGGGAGAGAUGGACACCCCAGCAAGACACACCCCAGGCCGCAUCACCCCUGGACAUUACCACACCCCAGGAUUUGACACCCCAGAAGUUGACAUCCCAGCUAACCCCAGGGGAGAAAGCCACACCCCAUCUUACCCCAGGGGAGAGAACCACACCCCAGGACACAUCCCCCCAGGACACAUCCCCCCAGUCUGCAUCACCCCAGGGGACACCAGACGAUGACACAGGCUUCGUAAUCGUACCCAGGGGGAGCGACGACACCAGGGAGAGCUCCAGCAGCCCCCCUUCCACCUCCUCUUCCACCCCAGAUUAUGACGCUUCGGUGGAACUCGUGGAAUCGCUUUGCUCGGAUGAAGUCUCCACCUCGCUCGAAGUCCUCCACUCUUCCGCUGAAAUCCUGGACUCCCCCCCCAGUGGACGUGCUUCACCAGGGGGGGGCGUGCUGGAGGGGGCGGCAGGGGGGGGGAGAUACAGUGGGGGGAGCCUGGGGAGUGAGGGAGAAGGGGGAGAAAGGGAGGAAAGAUUGGGAGCUGGAUUUUGUGUCGGAAGAGAGGAGAGAGGAGGAGGAGGAGGAGGAUGGAGUGGAGAGAGGAGAGAAAGAGGAGGAGGAGGAAGAAGGGAGAAUGAGGGAGAGGGAAGAGAAAGAGAAGGAGGAAGAGGAGGAGGAGGAGGAGGAGGAAGAGAGAGAGCGAUUCGCGGCCCCAGACUCCGAGGAUUUAGCAUUGAAACUGAAGAAGAGGGGAGAGAAAGAGGAGGAGGAGGAGGAGGAGGAAGAAGAGUUACCCAUGGCCCUAGACUCAGUGGGGAAGAGGGAAGAGAAAGAGGAGAAGGAGGAGGAGGAGGAGAGCGAGCGAUUCGUGGCCCCAGACUCCGAGAAUUUAGCAUUGACAGCGAAGAAGGAGGAGAAAGAGGAGGAGGAGGAGGAGGAGGAGGAAGAAGAGGUACCCAUGGCCCUAGACUCAGUGGGGAAGAGGGAAGAGAAAGAGGAGAAGGAGGAGGAGGAGGAGGAGGUACCCAUGGCCCUAGACUCAGUGGGGAAGAGGGAAGAGAAAGAGGAGAAGGAGGAGGAGGAGGAGGAGGUACCCGUGGCCCUAGACUCAGUGGGGAAGAGGGAAGAGAAAGAGGAGAAGGAGGAGGAGGAGGAGGAGGUACCCGUGGCCCUAGACUCAGUGGGGAAGAGGGAAGAGAAAGAGGAGAAGGAGGAGGAGGAGGAGGAGGUACCCGUGGCCCUAGACUCAGUGGGGAAGAGGGAAGAGAAAGAGGAGGAGGAGGAGGAGGAGGUACCCGUGGCCCUAGACUCAGUGGGGUCAGCCUGGGGAGUGAAGGGGAAGGGGAGGAGAGAGGGGAGGAAGGCGGGGAGGUCCUACUCUUUAGCGAGACAGAGGGCGAAGAGUGCCCUUUUGACGAGACAUCUGACGAGGACCUUACCCUUGAAGAGGAGGCGAUUCAGGCACUCCUGGAGGUAAGGGAGGGAUCAUGGAGGCACUCCGCUACUCCGCCUGCUACCCCUGCACCUGCUCCUGCUUCCGCUUGGCACUGGUGGGCUUGACGAGGCUUGGGGUUGAGCUGGGUUGAUGGUUUUUUGCAUGUGUGUGUGUGUGGGGGUAUGUUAGGUUAAGGAAGGGUUGAGUUAGGUUAGGUUAGGUUAGGUUGGGUUUUGGUAAGGUUAAAUUUGGUUGAGUUAGGUUAGGUUAGGUUAGGUUGGGUUUUGGUAAGGUCAAGUUUGGUUGGGUUGGUUUUGGGUAAGGUUAAGUUUGGUUAGGUUAGGUUUUGGUAAGGUUAAAUUUGGUUGAGUUAGGUUAGGUUGGGUUGGGUUUUGGUAAGGUCAAGUUUGGUUGGGUUGGUUUUGGGUAAGGUUAAGUUUGGUUAGGUUAGCUUUUGGUAAGGUUAAAUUUGGUUGAGUUAGGUUAGGCUAGGUUGGGUUUUGGUAAGGUUAAGUUAGGUUGGGUUGGUUUUUGGUAAGGUUAAGUUGGGUUUUGGUAAGGUUAAAUUUGGUUGAGUUAGGUUAGGUUAGGUUGGGUUUUGGUAAGGUCAAGUUUGGUUGGGUUGGUUUUUGGUAAGGUUAAGUUGGGUUUUGGUAAGGUUAAAUUUGGUUGAGUUAGGUUAGGUUAGGUUGGGUUUUGGUAAGGUUAAGUUAGGUUGGGUUAGGUGAGGUUGGGUUGGGGAUAGAAUGUUUUGGGGUUAAUAAGUGUUGGUUAACGUUUGUAAGGCUUGGGUUGGGUUGGUUGGCUUGAGGUUGUAUGUGUGGGUGUUUUGGUUGAGUUAGGUUAACCCCUCCACUCCGGCGGCCUAUGAUGGCGUCACCGUAAAUCCUCCGCUAAACCUCUUAAUCCGCUUCCAUUUCCUCUUAAUCCUCUUGUAAACCUCUUAAGAGUAAUUGGAAGAGGAUUAAGAGGAGUUUAGAGGAGGAUUGAAAAGCUUAGAAGAGGAUUAAGAGGAAUUAAAGGAGGAUUGAAAGGCUUAGAAGAGGAUUAAGAGGAAUUAAAGGAGGAUUGAAAGGUUAAGAAGAGGAUUAAGAGGAAUUAAAGGAGGAUUGAAAGGCUUAGAAGAGGAUUAAGAGGAAUUAAAGGAGGAUUGAAAGGUUAAGAAGAGGAUUAAGAGGAAUUAAAGGAGGAUUGAAAGGUUUGGAAGAGGAUUAAGAGGAAUUAAAAGAGGAUUGAGAGAUUUAGAAGAGGAUUAAGAGGAAUUAAAGGAGGAUUGAAAGGUUUAGAAGAGGAUUAAGAGGAAUUAAAGGAGGAUUGAAAGGCUUAGAAGAGGAUUAAGAGGAGUUUAGAGGAGGAUUGAAAGGGUUAGAAGAGGAUUAAGAGGAAUUAAAGGAGGAUUGAAAGGGUUAGAAGAGGAUUAAGAGGAAUUAAAGGAGGAUUGAAAGGGUUAGAAGAGGAUUAAGAGGAAUUAAAGGAGGAUUGAAAGGGUUAGAAGAGGAUUAAGGGGAACUAAAGGAGGAUUGAGGGAUUUAGAAGAGGAUUAAGAGGAAUUAAAGGAGGAUUGAAAGAUUUAGAAGAGGAUUAAGAGGAAUUAAAGGAGGAUUGAAAGGGUUAGAAGAGGAUUAAGAGGAGUUUAGAGGAGGAUUGAAAGGUUAAGAAGAGGAUUAAGAGGAAUUAAAGGAGGAUUGAAAGGGUUAGAAGAGGAUUAAGAGGAAUUAAAGGAGGAUUGAAAGGGUUAGAAGAGGAUUAAGAGGAAUUAAAGGAGGAUUGAAAGGCUUAGAAGAGGAUUAAGAGGAAUUAAAGGAGGAUUGAGAGAUUUAGAAGAGGAUUAAGAGGAGUUUAGAGGAGGAUUGAAAGGUUAAGAAGAGUUUAGAGGAGGAUUGAGAGGUCUAGAAGAGGGUCAAUCCUUCCAUUUCCUCUCGACCCUUCCCGAUGUCUGCGUCACGGUAUGGAAACUGUUAAGGAAUCCAUUUCUCUGAUAAUUUUAUUUUUAAGCAAAUUAUCAUUUAAUUAUAUAUUAAUUGGGGUUGUUCCGAAAUGGGUCUAUGCAAUUUGCAGCUGAAUUUGAGGGAUAGUAUUUUGGUUUUUAUAUAUUUUAAGAGUUUUUUCAACCUUAAAAAAAUCAGAACUAAUCCUUAAGUUGGAAGCCAGAUUGUUUUGAUAAGAUGUGUGUCAGGAAAGAAUUGUUAUAUAGGCCUAUUUAUUUUUUUCCCCCAAAAUAUCCUAGAAACAUAUUUAUAAGUGAUGUUUGAAGAUAUAUCGAGCAUGGUUGUGCAUGGUGGGUUGGGUUGAUGUUCUGUGCAUGAGGAAUGUGUUCGGUUGCCUUGGGUCAAUCUUGGUGAAUCUUGGUUAAUCUUGGUCAAUCUUGGUCAAUCUUGGAUAAUCUUGGUUAAUCUUGGUCAAUCUUGGUCAAUCUUGGCAUGGCUUGACCUCUUCUGGCACUCUGGUUCUAUGGAGUGCCAGAAAUUCACACACACACACACACACACACACACACACACACACACACACA